AUGUUACUCGUCAAAGACACAGUCAAGAAUGCAUCUUACAAUGCAAGCCAAUUAGACAACGAUUUACUGUCCGUGACAGAGGAGGAAAAGCAAUUGGCUGUAGAAGCAAGCCGUCUUGUUCAUGAACAGUUCUUGACACUUCAAUUUGUGAAUGUGUGUGCAGAGACGUUGGUGAGCCAGUACAUGUUAUUGACACCCAGUGAUUUUCGUAAAUGGGAAGAAGAUCCCGAGGGUUGGGCAAUUGCUCUCGGUUCUGAAAAUUGGGAAUUUGAAUUGCGUCCUUGUGCUGAAAUGACUUUUAUGAACUUGUUAAGUCAUUAUCGAGAUCAAUUGGUUCCUAUUCUUCUUGACUUGGUAGAACGUGUGGCUACAGUGACAGAUCAACAAGGUUUAUUGUUUAAAGACGCUGUUUAUGGAGCUGUUGGAUUAGGCGUAAAUUCAUUGUAUGGUAAAUUGGAUUUUGAGCCCUUUGUGAUGAAUCGAUUGGUAUUGGAACUCGGUAACAAAGACUCUCAUUUCAAAGUCCUGAGACGUCGUAUUGGUGUCUUGUUGGGCAAAUGGGUGACGGAAGGCAUUAGUUCAGACUGCAGAAAGGUAAUUUAUGAAAUCUUGUUGCAGUUGAUGGAUAAAGAGGAAGACUUGGUGGUUCGAUUGACAGCUGCUAGUGCAUUAAAGCAGGCCAUUGAUGAUUGGGAUUUUGAUAUCAGUAUUGUGCUGCCUUAUUUAGGUUCUGCCAUGACAUUACUACUUAACCUGUUAAACCAAGUUGAAGAAUCAGAUACUAUCAUGAAAUUGAUAUCAUACCUGAAUGCUAUUAUGGAUAGAACGAGUUCACAUAUGAUACCUUUUGCAGGACAGAUCAUUCAAUUACUCACUCCUCUAUGGAGCCCAACCACAGAGCCAUUGCUUCAAUCAUCCCUUGUGGUGACAUUUACCAAGAUUACCAGUGAAGCACAUAUUUAUUUGCUAGAAGACUCUUUGGAUCUUUGGUGGACUAUCGUACAAACAGCACCCUCAAGUACACCUCAUUUAAUGUCCUUGUUCCCAACAGCACUUGAAUUAUUAGACCAUGAUACAGAGAACUUGAGAAAAGUGCUCAAGAUCAUUGACAGUUACAUUUUGCUCGAUCCUCAAUCCACUUUACAACCUCAAUAUGCACUUGUUUUAUUUACCAAGUUGGCCUCUAAAGUGACUUAUUCAAGAGAACAGGCUGCUUCUUAUAUUGCUCAUACACUUGAUUUGGCCUUUUCAAGUGUUCCUUUGCAAGUGUAUGGUGAAUCCCUUGUUCAGUCUCGACUGAUGCCUAAUGUGUUGGGUGUAUUAAUUCAAGACAAAAUGUAUGGUUAUGCUCUCAUGAACUACAUGAACCUAUUUGCUCGUCUUUCUAUCUAUGAUGCAAAUUUUGUGAUCAAUGUCAUUCAGCUGACAGGUCAGGAGCAGCAAUUACCAGGCGACUUUUUUAGUGAUAUUCUUGAGAAAUGGUUUGAUAAGGUCAGUUAUAUCAAGAGAUGA